AUGCGUCGAUGGACUCGCAUACUUGAGCAGGUCCUUACAGCAUAUGCUACCGUAGCUGUGACACGCUGGCUGAGUAGAUCGCCCUCAUUUUUGCGGCUUACAGAGCGUGUUUUGCACGAAUGGGAUCACUUACCCCAUCGGUGGCAAGGCAAGCCCGUACCGCCCUUCGAACCUAUGACAAGCGAUUCAAAGAUCGAUUACGAGGAGAAGCAUGACGAACCAUCUCCCUACCCACUUUCUGACAAUCAGCCACAAGCAAGCUCGGGCUUUGCGAAGCGGCGGACUGAAACGCACCGUGCUCCGCCCCCGCCCAAAUCUGAAUCAGACCGCGUAGCUGAACAGAUUCGAGAAAUCCAGGAAAAGCUACGGCGUCGCUAA